CGCUCGCUCUCAAAAGGAAGCCUCUCAUCAGAGCACACAAAGGGCGCCGGAGAGGAGCCUCCAGGAGCGUAGCCCCGGGAGGCUGGCAGGUCCGGGGCUAACCACGGACACCCCACAAGCCAGCUUUCCCCCGGGUCGGUAGCCCAGCGCCCGGGCUGCCGCUGCGGAAGGGCGGGGAGGACGGAGCCUGGCCCCUGGGAGCGCGGCUGCGCGGCGAGCGAUCCAGGAGUGCGUGGGAAUCGCUCUCGGGAGAGUUGGGGAGGAACUGAGACCGGAGCCCAGGGACAAGAAGGGUGGAGCGCGCAGAGUGCGCGGCGGCGGGGUCCGGGAAGCCUUAGCAGUCGGGGCGAAGCCGGGGGCGCGGCAGGCCCGCGCGCGCACCGCGCCUGAUUCCAGGACCCAGCUCUUUGGAGAGAGGGGCUCAAGUCCCGCCCGCCCCGGCCGACUGGGGGCGGCGGCCGUAGGGCAGCGGGUGCUGGCCGACAGGGCCAGGAGAGCGAAGCACGGGGAGGCUGUGAUGGUGGAAGAGCGGCCCGGGGCUGGGUGCCGGGCUCCCACCCGCCGGCGCGCGGCCGCACCUCUGCCGAGCGCUCCCCGCCAGGGGGCGGCGCUGCUCGAGGAGACCCGGGCGGCCGCGGGGGCUGGAAGGGAGUGGGCUCGGUGACACGGACCUCACCUGGGCACAUCGUCUGCUCCCUCCCCCCGAGCCUUCUAGACUCCGGGAUCAGCGGAGUUCGGAAACGAACUUUCUACGUUUGCUAUGUUGCCCUUUGGAGACAAAACAAGAGAAAUGGUCAACGCAUGGUUCUCUGAGAGAGUCCAUACCAUCCCUGUGUGCAAGGAAGCCGUCCGAGGCCACCCCGAGUCUUGCUCCUGCCCCUCGCAGCCAAGUCCUCGUGCCGACAGCAGCACCCCAGGAACACCUACCAGGAAAAUCUCGGCAUCUGAGUUUGACCGGCCCCUUCGACCCAUUGUAGUCAAGGAUUCCGAAGGAACCGUGAGCUUUCUCUCGGACUCGGAUAAGAAGCAACAGAUGCCUCUAACCCCUCCACGGUUUGAACAUGAUGAAGCCGACCAGUGCUCGAGACUCUUGGAGCUGGUGAAAGACAUUUCCAGCCAUUUGGAUGUCACUGCUCUGUGCCACAAAAUUUUUCUACACAUCCAUGGACUCAUCUCUGCCGACCGCUAUUCCCUGUUCCUUGUCUGUGAGGACAGUUCCAACGAUAAGUUCCUUAUCAGUCGCCUCUUCGACGUGGCUGAAGGAUCAACACUAGAAGAAGCAUCCAAUAGCUGCAUCCGCCUAGAGUGGAACAAGGGCAUUGUGGGUCAUGUGGCAGCGCUCGGCGAGCCCUUGAACAUCAAGGAUGCCUAUGAGGAUCCUCGGUUCAAUGCAGAAGUUGACCAAAUUACAGGCUACAAGACACAAAGUAUUCUUUGUAUGCCAAUUAAGAAUCAUAGGGAAGAGGUUGUUGGCGUGGCCCAAGCCAUCAACAAGAAAUCAGGAAAUGGUGGGACAUUCACUGAAAAAGAUGAAAAGGACUUUGCUGCUUAUUUGGCAUUUUGUGGUAUUGUUCUUCACAAUGCUCAACUCUAUGAGACUUCAUUACUGGAGAACAGGAGAAACCAGGUGCUGCUUGACCUUGCCAGCUUAAUUUUUGAAGAGCAACAAUCGUUAGAAGUAAUUUUAAAGAAAAUAGCUGCCACCAUUAUCUCAUUCAUGCAGGUGCAGAAAUGCACCAUUUUCAUAGUGGAUGAAGAUUGCUCCGAUUCUUUUUCUAGCGUGUUUCACAUGGAAUGUGAAGAAUUGGAAAAAUCAUCCGAUAACUUUACAAGGGAACGUGAUGCAAACAAAAUCAAUUACAUGUACGCUCAAUAUGUCAAAAAUACUAUGGAACCACUUAAUAUCCCAGAUGUCAGUAAAGAUAAAAGAUUCCCUUGGACAAGUGAAAGCACAGGAAAUGUAAACCAGCAGUGCAUUAGAAGUUUGCUUUGUACACCUAUAAAAAAUGGAAAGAAGAAUAAAGUCAUAGGGGUCUGCCAACUUGUAAAUAAGAUGGAGGAGAAUACUGGUAAGGUUAAGCCUUUCAACCGCAAUGAUGAACAGUUUCUGGAAGCUUUUGUCAUCUUCUGUGGCUUGGGGAUACAGAACACACAAAUGUAUGAGGCGGUGGAGAGAGCCAUGGCCAAGCAAAUGGUCACAUUAGAGGUUCUGUCCUAUCAUGCUUCCGCAGCAGAGGAAGAGACAAGAGAGCUCCAGUCCUUAGCGGCUGCUGUGGUGCCAUCCGCCCAGACUCUUAAAAUUACUGACUUCAGCUUCAGUGACUUUGAGUUGUCCGAUCUGGAAACAGCGUUGUGCACAAUUCGCAUGUUCACUGACCUCAACCUCGUGCAGAACUUCCAGAUGAAACAUGAGGUUCUGUGCAGAUGGAUUUUAAGUGUUAAGAAGAAUUAUCGGAAGAAUGUUGCCUACCAUAAUUGGAGACAUGCUUUCAACACAGCUCAGUGCAUGUUUGCUGCUCUUAAAGCAGGCAAAAUCCAGAACAAGCUAACCGACCUGGAGAUACUUGCCUUGCUGAUUGCUGCACUAAGCCAUGAUCUGGAUCACCGUGGUGUCAAUAACUCUUAUAUACAGAGAACUGAACACCCACUUGCUCAGCUCUACUGCCAUUCAAUCAUGGAACACCAUCAUUUUGACCAGUGCCUGAUGAUUCUUAAUAGCCCAGGCAAUCAGAUUCUCAGUGGCCUCUCCAUUGAAGAAUACAAGACCACCUUGAAAAUAAUCAAGCAAGCGAUUUUAGCUACAGACCUAGCACUGUACAUUAAGAGGCGAGGAGAAUUCUUCGAGCUUAUAAGAAAAAACCAAUUUGAUGUGGAAGACCCUCGUCAGAAGGAGUUAUUUUUAGCAAUGCUGAUGACUGCCUGUGACCUUUCGGCAAUUACAAAGCCCUGGCCCAUUCAACAACGGAUAGCAGAACUUGUGGCAACUGAAUUUUUUGAUCAAGGAGACAGAGAGAGAAAAGAACUCAACAUUGAGCCAACUGAUCUAAUGAACAGGGAGAAGAAAAACAAAAUCCCAAGUAUGCAAGUUGGGUUCAUUGAUGCCAUCUGCUUGCAACUAUAUGAGGCUCUAACCCACGUGUCCAAGGACUGUUUCCCUUUGCUGGAUGGCUGCAGAAAAAAUAGGCAGAAAUGGCAGGCUCUGGCAGAACAGCAGGAGAAGAUGCUGAUCAAUGGGGAAGGCAGCCAGGCCAAGCGGAACUGAGCAGCCAGUUUCUCGCAGAGUUGAAGUUUACAGAGCUGGUGUAUUUUGCAUUCUGCCUGGUGUCCCUAUGCACUGUACAGACUUGGGUUAUACUUGCCACUGCUCUAUUUUUAUUUUUGCACAACUCUUGAGAGCAUAGCAUGAAAUGUUUUAGACUAUAGCAUAUAUUCUGUGUACUUGUUUUACACCACUGAGCUGAGAUGAUCAACGAUAACCUCACUUUUCAUGAGAGUUCUGUUUGGAGCAUCUUGUGUAUUGCAGAAGGCAAGUAGCUUCCUUGCACUGAGGUUGUUUUUGUUUUUUGUGUUUGCGUAGGGAUAUCAAAUGAUGUUUUUGGUGUGUUCUGUGAAUUACCAGACUUUCAAGAAUGUUUGGAAUCUUUUCUCUAAAGUAGGUUAGGAGUAAAUUGAACACAUUCUGUGACAUUUAAAGCCUUCAUUAACAUUUUUUUUUAAAGCUGAGUGCAUUUUUUGGGGAAAAUGUGUAUUUGUCAACAGUAAACAGUGUCAACAAAAAGUUAAGACUCUAAAACUAAGGGAAAGACUAUGAGGACAUGAAGAACAUGUUUUCUUUAAUUGAUUUGCUAUUUUUGAGAAAGAAAUGACAAUAGGAAAUGUUGUCAUUUUAAGUGCAGCCUAUCAAUCCGAAUCACUUCAAGUUCAUCUCUAUGAUGUAAAGCAGGAGUCGGUCUGGUCCCUGACUUCUUAAGGGAUGGGUGUGAUUCAGAAAGGAUCUGUCAGUGCAAUAUUCUGUGGGAAGAUACUCCUGAGAGCCAGUGUUCUGAAUAUGGAACUUUUCAGAAUUAAUUUUCUACUCCUCCAUCUUCUUAGAAACCACGAUUUGCACAUCUAGAGUUUCCAUCUUCUGGGAAGGAGUUGAGACACAAGGAAGUGAGACAUGGCUGUUAGUGAGAGGAGUACAAAGUGAAUGUUGUAUUCUGCAUCAAGUGAUGUUAUAGAAAAAUUCAAAUUAUGUAAAGAGUAAAAGGCUAUUGCCAAUACUUGGAUCAAACAUGAAUUGGAGGGAGCAGAAAGAAAAGACACCUUACCCCCAAAUAAAACCUGCCAGUGUUUUGAGAAACAGCUGUAUAUUUGUUUAUAGGAUGAAUCAAUCUAGAAUCACAGAAGUGUGGGUGUGUGCCCCAAACACUGGCCCUUAGUUUGCUGUUAGUGUUAUUGCCUUCUCACAGCUUUCAAUACAGUUAACAUUUUCUUUGGAUUUGAGUUCAUUUAACUAGGUUGCCACUGUUUGUGUAAACCCUUGGCUACAUGUUUCUUCAGCACUGGAGAAGUGGAAGGUGAAAUGAGUGGCUUUUUUAGGAAAGGCAAAAAUGCUCCACAUAAACAGAAAUGUUUGGAUGUGGGCAGAACAGGAAGAGAUUUAAUUUGUUCGCUCCAAACCCCACUACCCAAAGAAAAGAGCUGAUGAGAGUAUCACCGAUUGGGACAGAACAUCUCUUAGCAAUAUGCUAACAGCAUUCCCAGAGACCUUUCACAAAAGCACACUUGUCAUUCAUGUCCUUUCCCCCUGAAACUGCCUAUAUUCAACUUACAUUUUUUGAAAUCCUGGAUAUGUAUAUAUAUUGUGAAGUGAUGUCACUUUCUUGUUAUAUAUCAUUUGGGAUAAAAAAAAAACAGCAAAACAAAUUGUAUUUCCAGUAUUUUAUAUUAGUAAGAGAUAAUCUAGGAAUUUAUCAACUCUUUAAUGUUUUACAUGUUAACAUGGUAAUACUUGUAUUUUCAGAGUGUUUUUAUGUCAUAUUGAUGAAAUCUGUCAGGUAGCCUCUUGGUGGCACUGGUGUGUAAAUUAUACACAUUAUCACUUAAAACAACAGUCAUAUCUACUUACUGGGAAAUACCUGUGCACGCAUACAUAACUCCUUAGUAUAGGAAGAUUGUUUAAGGAACAGUAAUCUUGAACAAAUCUACCUUCUUAGCACACACACAUUGUAAUAUAGCAGCUAUGCUAAAGUAUGUAAUCACGCACUUCAAUAGGUUAGUUAGGCCCCUUUAAGGUAUCUCACUGAAGUUUUUAUUUUGUUUUGCUUUUUUAAGACAUGAUAGAUGGAGUUGGAGGAUUCACAUGUGUAUUAUUUAAUAAUAAGAUAUAUUUAGAGUAGAAAUUGUUAGGUCUGCCUUGGAUAUUGGUUUACUUUACUUCACUAGUUGAGUAUUUAGGAGUAAGGCAACACAAUGCCCAUUUUACUUUAUUGUUCAAUAUUUUUAGUAAAUGCAAAAGAAUAGUAUUUCUUUAGGGCUAGUUAAUUGGCCCAAAUGAUGUUUAAUUUUUAGUAAAAUCAUUCCAUACAUGAACUAUCAGCGGUACGUGGGCACAAAUUAAAAUUUUGUUCAUAUGUGAAUAUUUUCGUUCUCAUUUCUUCUUAAGUUGAUAAAAAAAUCUUUCUCCUUCACCUUAUCCUGUAUUUAUAUUACCCAUGCAAGAAGUUGUUCUUGUCCUAGGGUGUUUGUGUAGCUAUAGCACAGUAACAUAUCUUUCAUUUCAACUCUCAGCCAGAAAAGUUGCCACUAUUUCACUAACCUGUUCAAAGGUCUCUGUUAAAUUGCCAGACUUUUUUUUUUCUUUCAGGGGAUUGGCCUUGCCCUAUCACAAUCAUGUGUGAACUUGAGUAAAUUACUUAACUUCUGCGUUUCUGAGCAAGUUAGGCACUACAGGCAGUGAGUUCGGGCAAAGCCUUUCUCUUAAAGGAGAAUAUCACAGAAGCUACUUUGUAUGCCCUAGGGUGUCCUGGUGAGCACUUGAGAAAAUUAAAUCGUGGACUAAAGAGCAACUGAGCUGGUCCUGUGUGUCAUUUCUUAUGUUGCAUUUCCAAGACUGAAACAAAGCAAAGACACAGCUGCCCAUGCAGGUCACUAGUGCUUAUGAGGCUCAGAGCUCCUUCAGUGCCUUGCCCAAAGAACAAACCCAGAAUGAUGAUGGAGCUGACCAGGCCAUCACAGGCCAAGUGGUUUGCCUCUGAUUUUACAAGACUGAUGUAAAAUGAGAGGGGAAAUGUAAUUCCCAUCCUCUACUACGAACUUAGCUAAACUAAGGUAGCCCAACCAAAUUUCUAGGUAUCAAUCACUCAUCAGUUCAUCUUUCAGAGAGGGCCAGCCCGUUGUUAGGUGCUGUGCUCAGCCUGGGAGACAUGGCAGUGACUUCCAGGAGCUCACAGCCUCUGCACAAUGUGUCACGGUCUCUGAUCCUGCCAGUGGGGUGAUAAAACUUGGGGUAGAGUAUAUCACUUUCUGUUCUCAUAACAUGUAUUGUGUAUCUUCUUUACCUAAAAUUCAGUAAGAAUCUAUCCAUGAACAUCCUGUCUUCUUUCAAAUACAAAUCACUUCACCUGUUGGUUGCUUAAAGAACACCUUAUAGCCAGUUAGGAGUUACUCAGAGUUCUGCACUAUUAAACUGUUUCAUUUUUGGACCCCUUCUGCUCUACCAGAGGGAGCGAAGAAGAAAGUGUUAAAGCUCACUUGCCCUUCUAUAUCCUUAUCAAAACCCUGUGUAAACACGUCCUCAUGAAUGUUGUUGAAAGCACUGUAAAUAGUUGAAAAAAUAAAUUUCUAUUACAGUUAAAAUCUUCUGUACCAUCACUAGCCACUGUUAAUAUCUAUUUGUAUUCUUAUACCUUUUCAAUAUAUUUGAACAAAUAUAUAGUUUCUGGCACUAUUUUUAUACUAGGAUAAAGGAGUUACUAUGUAUAUUAUGUUUAACUUUUAAGUCAUUUUGAAUCAUUGUGAAUGUUGAGACUUUUUCUUUCCCUUUCCUUCACCUUGGGCAUCAUAUCAGAUGACUCCUCUGGCAAACCUGCUUUGUGAGAACACUUACCCACCUCAGAUCUGCUUGAAUGAGAUACGCUCAUUUUCCAUUGUGCAAAUUCUUCACUUGUCCAUUGUUCCCUCAUUUUUUUCAUGCUUUGUAAAAAAUAAAAAGAAUGAACAAGGA